AUGGAGACCAACGAACAAGACCGCGUCCGUCAGCGGUCUGUUCUCGUCCUCUACGGAACCGAGACUGGCACCUCCCAAGACAUCGCUGCAGAAAUCAGUCGCUGUCUGGAGCGUAUUCAUUUCUCCACAGAUGUCGUUGGAUUAGACGCUGUUAAUCACAGCCAUCUGCGCCUAUAUGCUUUCACGGUCUUCGUCGUCUCCACCACCGGUCAGGGCGAUUUCCCCGAAAAUGCUCGCCCAUUUUGGACCAGUCUUCUUCGCAGGAAGCUCUCACCUACCACACUCGCAGGCGUCGAUUAUGCUGUUGUUGGACUCGGUGACAGUUCAUACCUCAGGUUCAACUGGGCAGCCAGGAAAUUGGACAAAAGACUGCGGCAACUAGGUGCCACCUGUAUCCUCGAACCAUGCGAAGCCGAUGAACAAGGCGACGAUGGAACGGAUGGUGCUUUUCUGGAGUGGCUCCAGCGGUUCCGAGAAACGAUCUUGACGGCUUUCCCAAUUCCUGAAGGCCAGGGUCCCAUUGCCGACGAUGUCCCUCUUCCAAGCAAGUGGCGCCUGGAACAAAGGUGUGUCCAGAGCGACAUUCACUCCGUCGACCGCAUUCAUCCUUCACCUACUGCGGCACUGCCAUCUCCAGGCUCUUUUCCGGUGGUGUUGCAAACGAAUCAACGCGUAACACCGUCUGACCAUUGGCAAGACGUUAGAUUCAUGAGUCUGAAAACGUCUCGAAGGAUCGAGUACAUGCCCGGCGACGCGAUCGCCAUCUCUCCCCAAAACAUGCCAACAGACGUGGAGUCUCUACUCGCUCGCAUGAAUUGGCAUCUGGUGGCCGACACACCUAUCCGUCUUGUCUCGACUCGUCCUCCCUCAAACAAAAACUCGGCUCAUUUCGCAGCCAAUCCCAUCUUCUCUCGAGAAGAUCUCACGCUCCGAAUUCUCCUGACCGAAUAUCUCGACAUCAACGCGAUCCCUCGCCGCUCCUUCUUCGCCGCAAUCGCAAGGUACACCGACGACUCCAUGCACAAAGAACGCCUUCUCGAAUUCACCGACCCGCAAUACCUCGACGAAUAUUACGACUACGCGACGCGUCCGAGGCGCAGUAUAUUAGAGACCCUCCAGGAAUUCGACUCGGUACAUCUCCCCUGGGAGGAAGUCACGAAUAUAUUCCCACUUCUGAGGCCUCGACAAUUCAGCAUCGCCAGCGGGGGCGCCCUAAAGUACGCGAAAGACGGUUCCACUAUCUUCGAACUGCUCGUUGCCAUCGUCAAGUAUAGAACCGUCAUCAAGCGGAUCAGAGAAGGCGUGUGUACGAGAUACCUAGCACAGCUCCGUGUCGGAACCACACUGCAAGUCUCGUUGAAGACGGAAGGGCGCUUUUCAAAACUCGCUUCCGACAUAUCGCACAAACACCGCGUCCUGAUCGGUGCCGGUACGGGCAUUGCACCGCUUCGAGCACUCAUCCAUGAGAAAGCCUCCCACAAUCAACCCUCAGGCAAAACUGUACUUGUCUUCGGCUGCCGCAGCGAAAAGGCCGACUACUUCUUCCGCGAUGAAUGGGUCGGUCUCAACGCUGCGCUUGGUCAAUCCGCCGACAAUCGGUCUGACACCAGCUCUCUCAAAGUCAUCACCGCUUUCUCCCGCGACCAAAAUUCCAAAAUCUACGUCCAAGACCGAAUCCGCGAGCACAGCGAGCUGAUCUGGGACUUCUUGCGCGAGAGGCAUGCCGAGGUCAUCAUCUGCGGAUCGGCGGGCCCGAUGCCAAAAGCCGUGCGGCAGGCGCUGAUCGAUGCGCUUGUGAGUCAGGGGCGGAAAAGAGCGACGGAAUUGUCGGAGGCCAGAAACAAGGACAAGGACGCGGACGAGACAAAUGAAGACGAAGACAGUCCAAUUGAAACUGCCAACAGUGCCGAGAUGUACCUCGCAAGGCUGGAAAAGGAAGGGAAAUAUAAGCAGGAAACAUGGUCAUGA